AUGGUGUUUGACGGAGAAGCCGCGUCGUCGCUGGUGAAGGAACUGAGGGUGAGUUUCAGUUCCGGUAAGACGCGAAGUUACGAAUGGAGAAUAUCGCAGGUGAAGGCUCUUUUGAAAAUGAUGGCUGAACGAGAGGAUGAAAUCGUUGAUGCUCUUCGUUCUGACCUUGCUAAACCGCCACUCGAAACGGUCGUCUACGAGAUUGGUAUGUUUAAAAACUCAUGUGAACUCGUGCUCAGGGAAUUGAAACAAUGGAUGACACCAGAAAAGGCUAAAACUUCAAUCACAACUUUUCCGUCUUCGGCUGAAAUCAUACCUGAACCACUUGGUGUUGUGUUAGUCAUCUCCGCGUGGAACUAUCCAUUUUUGUUGUCCCUUGAUCCAGUUGUCGGAGCUAUAGCAGCUGGUAAUGCUGUGGUUCUAAAACCAUCAGAAAUUGCUCCGGCUUCAUCUUCACUGCUGGCGAAAUUGUUAGGGGAGUACUUGGAUAACUCGUCUAUAAGAGUUGUGGAAGGAGCGGUGGAUGAAACUACUGCCUUGUUGCAACAAAAGUGGGACAAAAUUUUCUACACAGGUAAUGGAAAAGUGGGACGGAUAGUGAUGGCUGCUGCUGCAAAACACCUUACACCAGUUGUUCUUGAACUUGGAGGAAAAUCUCCAACUGUUGUUGAUUCAAAUGUCAAUUUAGAGGUUGCUGCAAGACGGAUCAUUUCUGGCAAAUGGGGCUGUAACAAUGGACAAGCCUGCAUUUCUCCUGAUUAUCUUAUAACAACAAAAGAAUUUGCUCCGAAAUUGGUAGACGCGUUAAAGACUGAAUUGGAAAACUGUUUUGGAAAGAACCCAAUAGAAUCCAACGAUUUGUCGCGCAUUGUGAACUCUAACCACUUUGCUCGCUUGUUAAAGUUCUUGGACGACGAUAAGGUUUCUGGCAAGAUUGUUUAUGGAGGUGAAAAGGAUGAAAGCAAAUUGAGGAUUGCUCCAACUAUUUUAUUAGACGUUCCACAAGAUUCUCUGAUAAUGAGUGAGGAAAUCUUUGGUCCAUUGCUUCCGAUAGUCACGGUAAGAAUAAAAGCACACAAAAAAGAACUCAUUUUAUGUCAUUUAGUUCAAAUUUCAUCUGUCUUCUUUGGUUAUUUUUUACAAUUUGGUUCUGCCAGAGCCGUAAACCGGCGCUACAUCAGUGAUUGUGUGCCUUUGAAAAUCCGCAUACAAGCAUCGGCAGGUUUUGUUAGUGCCAGCGCUCUUGGAAUGGCCUGUGGUCCUGCAUUAGCUGGCUUACUGCAGACGAAUUUUAAGAUUUACAAUGUUACAUUUAAUCAAGAUACUUUGCCAGGGUGGGUUAUGACUAUUGCUUGGCUUAUUUAUUCAAUAUGGCUGUGGAUCUCUUUUGUGGAACCUUCUAGUGAAUUUGAAGAGGACCGUAAAACAGAUAAAUCUCAGAAAUCUAAUGCUGCUCCAGAGGAAUCUCGUCAGCCAGCCACUUCAAUUGGAUCGGCAUAUAGACUCCUUACACCUUCUGUAAAGGUUCAAUUAUUGAUAUAUUUCAUGCUCAAAUAUGUGAUGGAGAUUUUACUAGCAGAAUCUAGUGUCAUCACAACAUACUACUUUAAGUGGUCAACUGGCACAGUUGCCAUUUUUCUUGCUGGCCUUGGUUUGACAGAUCUUCCUAUAAACAUUAUUGUUGGAAGCUAUGUAAGCAACUGGUUUGACGACAGGCAAAUUCUGUUGGCAUCAGAAAUCAUGGUUUUAAUUGGCAUAGUCUCGGCCUUUCAUGUAAUCAUUCCAUACUCUGAGCUGCAGUACAUCUGUUCAGGUCUUCUCAUGUUUGUUUCUGCUGAAGUACUUGAAGUAUAUUUAUUACUGAAUUGCACUUAUGGUGAUAAAAUUAUAGUUGUACAUGCUCUGAACCAACUAAAAUUGUAUGUGUUUCUAUGUCGAGUGAAGAAAGGGCAUCAACAAGAUAACGGAUGGGCAUGUGGAUAUUAUGUCAUGAAAAAUAUGUUUGACAUUAUUGAUGCUUGUAUUGUUGAAAGAUUCAAUGAGAUAUUCACAGACACCUCAUCAUAUGAAAAAGAGUCAAUUGAUCACAUCCGACAACUUUGGGCUCAAUUCUUUUUGCAAAAGGUUGAAGAGCAAGAGAACCAGGAAAAGAAAGAUUUAAUGACAAAACAGAAGCGAUUAAAAAAACUUAUAUAUAGAUAUAUUUUUGUUCCAUGA